AUGGAUUGUAGUGAUUCAAAAAGUGCCACUGAGGUUCAGAACUUGUUGCCCGGUAGUACAAAUUCAAACGAUGAAUCACAAUUCGCAUGUACAUCAGAUAGUAGCUCUCGUGUUGACGGUGUUUUUAGUGGUCUUUGCGACGAGAAUUUUCAGGCAAAAGAGGAUUUCGAAAUGAAGUCCACUUCGCCAGAACACCAGUGUGAAAUAGAUUUGUCUCCUGGAUCAAUUAAAAGAAAUAAAGAUUCACCUGCCUUGAGAACCCAGUCAUCCGUAUUCUGUGAUAUCUGUCAAGUAACACUUGCGUCGAUUAAAAACAAAGAAGAACAUGAAAAUGGUAAAAUGCAUAAAAAGCAAAUGGCGCUGAAGUCAAAAUCCAGUGGUCAAUUGAAUAUCAGUCAGUCAUUGAGCAUUACUUCUGACAUAGCAGAAGAUUUGUCAAAGAUUCACAUUAAGUGGCCAUCAGCAACACAAAUUUCUGUGAGCAACAAUUCAACUGCCAACGAAACUCUUAAUACCCACCGCGAAUCCACACUGCGUAAUGGUGAUGAAGAGAUCAUCCGUCUCCUACGUCGUUUGUGCCUGACGGAAAUGUUAAUGCUACUUCAUAAUAUGGGAAGAGACUCACAUAUGAGUUCAAGAAGUGAUUCACCUGAUUUAACCACAAUGAUCAGAACUAUCUGCCGUGAGGAGUUACGUGAAAUUCUUCCAGCAGCUUUACAGCAUGUUUCUCACCAGUCCAGAAAUCCCAACACGUAG